AUGGCAAGCAUAAAAAUCUUCUUAGGAUAUUUUGUUAUUCCUCUCCUCUUUCUUUUUGUAUCAACUCCCAACGUAGUAACGAGCCUUAAUGUAAGCACUCUUUGCAUUAAUGAAGAGAGAGUGGCCCUCCUUAAAAUCAAAAAAGAUUUUAAGGAUCCUUCUAAUUGCCUUUCUUCAUGGGUUGGGAAAGAUUGCUGUAAUUGGAAGGGUAUAGAAUGUGACAAUGAAACUGGUCACGUUCUAAAGCUUGAUCUCCGGCAGUCACAUAUCUGCUCCACCACAGAUAUAUUGUCAUGGACUCCGCUAAGCGGUGAGUUAAAUCCUUCAUUGACUCACUUGACACAUCUUACUCUCUUGGACCUAAGUUCCAAUAACUUGGAAGGAACACCCAUUCCAAAAUUUAUAGGUUCUCUCAAUAUGUUGCGUUACCUUGACCUCUCCUAUGCUAAUUUUUCUGGAAUGGUCCCUACUCAUCUUGGCAAUUUGUCAAAUUUGCAUUACCUUGACAUCUCUGACCCAUUCACAUCAAUUUGGGUGGGAGAUGUAAGCUGGCUCUCUUCUCUGUCUUCACUUCAAUAUCUUCACAUGGAUUUUGUUAACAUUUCCAUCUCAUCCCAUGAGUUGUUUCGAGCUAUAAAUAUGAUUCCAUCUCUGUUAGAGUUACAUUUGUCCACUUCCAAUCUUGGUUUUCUCCCUCCAUCUUUUCCAUUUGAAAAUAUUACAUCACUUUCUGUGCUUGAUCUCUCUGGAAAUCCUUUUGAUUCCUCUAUACCUUCUUGGCUGUUUAAUAUGAGUACCCUCACAGAACUUCACCUUUCUUAUUCUUCUCUAAGAGGUCUCCUUCUUCCUAUGCUAGUGAGAGGGAAUCUUAGCAAGCUUCAGCUUCUAGACCUAUCAAGUAAUUAUUAUCUCACUGGGGAUAUAACAGAAAUGUUGGAGGCCUUGUUAUCCUGUAGCAACCAAAGUCUGGAGUGGCUAUAUUUGAGUUCGAAUCAACUAACUGGGAAAUUGCCCCAUUCUUUAGGGCAAUUUAACAGUCUGCAUUAUCUUGACUUGUCAAAUAACUCACUCUCGGGUUCAAUUCCUGAAAGUAUUGGUCAACUAACCCAGAUGCAAUUUUUAAAUCUACUCCAGAAUUUUUGGGAAGGUACAAUGACCAACAUUCAUUUCCAAAACCUCACAAAUCUACUCAGUUUCUCUAUAUCAUCUAAAAAUAACUCAUUGGCUUUGAAAGUGACACAUGACUGGGUUGUGCCUUUUAAGGAACUGUAUCACGUGGAAAUUCGUGAUUGUCAAGUUGGCCCAACAUUUCCUAAUUGGCUCGGAAACCAAACAUUUCUGAGAGAGGUAAUCCUAGAAAAUACUGGAAUUUUAGAUGAGAUACCCCAUUGGCUUUACAACAUGUCCCCCAAGAUUAAUGAGCUUGAUCUUUCUCACAACAAAAUAAGUGGUUACCUUACCAAAGAGAUGAACUUCUCUUCCACUUAUUCACCUACGGUUGACCUUUCUUUCAACCAGUUGAGGGGCUCAAUCCCACUUUGGUCUGGAAUAAGUGCUCUCUAUCUAAGGAACAACUCACUGUCCGGAACAAUACCAGGCAAUAUUGGCGAAGAGAUGUCACAAUUGUUGUACUUGGAUCUCUCAAAUAACCAACUCAAUGGGAGCAUUCCACUCUCCAUAAAUAGGUUACAAAAUUUGAGAUAUAUUGAUCUAUCCAACAAUUAUUUGACAGGAGAAAUCCCCAAGUUUUGGAUGGAUAUGCAGACCUUACAAAUCAUUGACCUAUCCAACAACAGUUUGUCAGGUGGAAUUCCAACUUCCAUAUGCUCACUGCCUUUACUUGUCAUCCUGGAUUUGAGCAACAAUAAUCUCUAUGCAGAUUUGUCUUCAGCCUUUCAAAAUUGUUCUGGUCUGAAAACUCUUGUGCUAGGAAACAAUAGGUUUUUUGGGUCUGUGCCAAAAGAAAUAGCCAAAAACCUUCCUUCACUUUCAGAGUUACUGUUACGAGGCAACACACUCUCCGGAAGCAUUCCUGAAGAGCUGUGUAGUCUACCUUUUCUCCAUAUAUUGGAUCUUGCAGAAAACAACCUAUCAGGAUCAAUACCAACAUGUUUGGGUGAUGUGCAUGGUUUCAAACUGCCGCAAACUUACUUUAUCUAUUUGAUGUAUUCAAUACCCUUUCUUGGCAUUGCAUCUUACACGAGGCAUAUAGAGUUGGUCCUGAAAGGAAGAAUAACUGAAUACUUCAACCAAAUGCCGGUGCAAUCCUCCAUUGAUCUUUCUCAUAAUGAUCUUUCUGGAGAGAUACCUGAGAAACUAACAGAGCUAUUUCACUUGGGUGCCCUGAAUUUGUCAUGGAACCAGCUUACUGGGAACAUACCUAGUAACAUUGGAUCAUUAACAGAUUUAGAAAGCCUUGACCUUUCACACAACCAUCUUUCUGGUCCAAUCCCUCCAAGCAUGACUUCCUUGACUUUCUUGAGCCAUUUGAAUUUGUCAUACAACAACUUGUCUGGUCAAAUUCCGGAAGCUAAUCAGUUUGGGACCUUCAAUGAUCCAUCAAUUUAUGUAGGCAACCCGGAACUUCAUGGAGAUAUUUGGCCAACUAAUCGCUCACCAUCAUUGCCUGGAAAUGGAGAACAAGAAAGAAAACAUGAAGAUGAUGAUGAUGAUGAUGAUGAUGACAAGACCGAAAGGUUGUGGUUAUAUGCAAGCAUUGUUGUUGGGUACAUUACGGGCUUCUGGUUUGUGUGUGGCAGCUUGAUGUUAAAGAGGUCUUGGAGACAUGCAUAUUUUAAGUUUAUUUUUGACAUGGGAGAUAAGCUUGUGGUCUUGAUCGCUGUUAAUAUGGGGCGUGCAAAACGCAGGUUUGGACUGGAAAAACGCUGA